UGCGUGAAACUCCUAACAUUUAAGUUAUUCAUGACAAAUUGUAUCGACGUUUUCAUACUUUGACGAAUUUUUACGAAAGAUAUGUAAAAACUUAAUGUAGUGCAAUUAAAAAUAGUGCAAUAUCAUUAGCAGAACAUAAUAUUUUGAUAUUUGUUUGUAAAUUCAGAUCCUAGGAGCUACUACUUUUUUGAACAAUAACUGUAGAGACACAAAUUUUGUCUGAGUUCAGAACAGCAACAGGGAAGAUGUCGUACCCUGAGUGUGGAGAUGUGUGUGUGUGGGGUACCCCUGUACCAAAAUACAUGCGACUUUUCUCGAACGGAUUGAUUAAAUGGCGCCCGAUUAGACGAUCCGAUAGAAGCACUUUUCAGACUUAACGGAUAGUUUGAAUGACGCGACAAUGUCGUGUUGCAGCAACGUGUGAUAUGUAUCAUGCGAUGUCUUUUCACCGUGCAUGCGUCUGUAUUUGUGAAUUCAUGCAGUGGUUGCGAUGAGAACGAAAAUUCGCUCACUCACACAAUCACAACCCCCGACCCGUACACGGAACGUACGCGAGCUGUCAGUUUGUAAUGCAAACAAAGUGUUGAAGUGGAUCUACCCAAUGGGACAAAAGUAGAAAGCUUGGAGCAAAAUAAUCGUUUGUCUCCCUCUAUCCUCUAUACCGCGCUUGCUUGCACUCCUGUGCGAGCGCAAGAGUAUAUUCUCUCAGAACUGAGCAUUCGCAGAUCAACCCGUGCAGUGAGAAUGUAUGUGUUAACCCAAGGGGCAUCGCUGAGAGAGAAUUGAGCUUUUCCCGUUGUUUCCCCCCCUGACAUACCCACGAACGGUGUGUUUGUUUCUACGCGAUGCGUUAUUCUCUGUUGUUGUUGUUGCCUUUAACGCUGUUACCGCAAGAGCUUGAAGCAAGAAGCGUUUCACACCAUCACCGUCUCAGAGAGCGGUACUUGUUGCGACGCAAUGCGUUGCGAUUUUGCCAAAAUGUAUGGGAUUUGACAGACGCAUGCGUUAACGACGCACGACGCAGCGUCAAAGUAGAAAAAAUUCUAUUUCGACGCACGUCGUGAUGCGUCUGUCAAACUAAUGUCAUCAUUUUUGGAGGGAGAUAAUGUUUUGAUUGGAAAAUUGAGUUGAAAGCCGUACAGGAUGGAUGAAGAAAAAUUAAUAACACUGGUAGAGCAAAAUAAGUGUUUGUGGGCCAGUAGCCAUAAAGAAUAUAAAAAUCAAUAUAUGAGACAACAAGCAUGGAAAUCAAUUGCGGCUGUAUUGAACUCCACUGAAAAUGAAGUAAAAAAGCGGUGGAGAUCUCUACGUGACACAUAUUCGAGGAAGUUAAAUGAUAUGAAUCAGCCUUCAGGAUCGGGUUAUAAACAUGUAGGUUGGAAAUAUUUUCAAGUUAUGUCCUUCUUGAAGGAUUGUUAUGCGUCUAGGCCUCGAGAGGGGAAUGUUCCUAUCCGCAAAGAUCCUGUCAAUGAGGAAUACUUAGAAUACGACUACAACAAUAACGAGGUUGAACAUCUAGAUGAGGAUGAAUCAUAUUCUAUCUUCGAUUCCGAAUCAUCAAGAACUGCGACAAACAGCCCUGCGCCGUCCAAAAAAAAGAAAACAAACGCAGGAUCCGUUGCUAGAGGAGCUUCUUGAGGUAGAACGGUCAAAGCAGGAAACAUUAAAAGCCCUUAUCGAAACGCGGCCGAAAACAUCAUCAAAUUAUUUAUUUUUUAAUAGUUUGAUUGAACCUGUAGAUGCUUUACCUUUACAUGUACAGCUACAGGUAAAAGAAAGCAUCAUGAAAGUUGUUCAUGACGCCAUGUUACUUAAUGAAUAAUUAAAUACGUUCAAAAAUUAUAGCAAAAGUAAAUAAAAUAAGAUAUACUGUACAA